CAAAUUUUCGGGGGUUGUAGAAGCUCAUUGUACAUAGUUUUACUUUUAAACACGGGGGAUACUUAAUACCAUAGUGAUUUUAAUGAAGAAUUGAUCAGCAACGUCGGAAAAGAACAACACAUGGAGAGGAAUUACAACACGCACACCGAGGCUGCUUUGUUGAUAUGACGGGGUUGGAAUAGUGGCCAUUAUAAGCUAAAACAACGUAUUUUCUCUCUUAACUUUUCUUUCAAGGAGAGGAGAUACUAAGGGUUACUAAUGCAAGAAGACCUUCGCAUUUACAACUCCAAAAUAAGUGCAUUUAGUAACUUCAAGAAGAUUAAGCUGGAAGCAGUUCCAGAUCUGCAUGAUGUAGUUUCCACAAGAGGACCAAUACGUCCACAUAGCCCUGUAUUUUAUUCAUCAGAAAUUCCACAAUUUAAAUCCCAUCAGUCUCAGAUUGAGACUGCGGUAACAAGCACAACUGCUUUUGUUUUCCCACAACACAGGGAUGCAUUUACAAACUUGGAAAGCCAAACCAAUAAUUACAUUCGAGCAUCAGCUAUAAAGCUUCGUGAUAAUUAUCACCAAAGAUGUGGUACCAAGCGUAAAUGUGACGAUCUCAAUGCACCCAUGCAGCUCACGGAAACACAAGCUGUCUCGAGCGAGGAUGACAACACCACUAACAACAAUACAACAACCACGACGACGACGACCACAUCAAAGACAACAUCCUCUUCCAACACAGAGGGUGACUACCAGCUGGUGCAGCAUGAGGUCUUGUAUUCGCUCACCAGCCACAAUACCUACGAGGUGUUGGAGUUUCUGGGAAGAGGGACCUUUGGUCAGGUAGUAAAGUGUUGGAAGAAGGGCACCAAUGAAAUUGUUGCUAUUAAAAUCCUGAAGAACCACCCGUCAUAUGCGCGCCAGGGUCAAAUUGAAGUAAGCAUACUUACAAGACUCAGUCAUGAAAACGCAGAUGAGUUCAAUUUUGUGCGAGCAUUUGAGUGCUUUCAACACAAGAAUCAUACCUGUCUGGUUUUUGAAAUGCUGGAGCAGAACUUGUAUGAUUUUCUGAAACAGAAUAAAUUUCAGCCGUUGCCCCUGAAGUACAUCCGUCCGAUUACCCAGCAGGUUUUGACGGCCCUUCUAAAGCUGAAGAGCCUUCACCUCAUCCAUGCAGACCUGAAACCAGAAAAUAUCAUGUUAGUUGACCCAGUAAGGUUUCCUUACAGAGUAAAGGUGAUAGACUUUGGAUCAGCAAGCCAUGUUUCUAAAGCGGUGUGUUCAACGUACCUACAAUCUCGCUACUACAGAGCACCAGAGAUCCUCUUGGGCUUGCCUUUCUGUGAAGCAAUUGACAUGUGGUCUUUGGGAUGUGUGAUAGCAGAACUUUUCCUGGGAUGGCCUCUGUAUCCGGGUUCUUCAGAAUAUGACCAGAUUCGAUAUGUCUCACAAACACAGGGGCUACCUGCUGAACACAUGCUAAGUGCUGCUACAAAGACUACACGGUUCUUCAUUCGAGAAAACACUGAUAGUAACUACCCAUUCUGGAGAUUAAAGACUCCAGAAGAACAUGAAGCAGAAACCAAGAUCAAGUCAAAAGAAGCAAGGAAAUACAUCUUCAACUGCCUGGAUGACAUGGCACAGAUCAAUGUGCCAACCGACUUGGAAGGGAGUGAACUCUUGGCAGAGAAGAUAGACAGGAAGGAAUUUAUUGACCUUCUGAAGCGAAUGUUGACACUUGAUCAGGAGCGUCGCAUUAUGCCGGGGGAGGCUCUUAAUCAUCCUUUUGCCACCAUGGCACACCUUAUUGAAUAUGCCUGUAGUAGCAUGGUGAAGCAGAGUGUUCAAGCUAUGGAGAUUUGUCGGAGAACUGUGAAAAGUAUAUUUGAUAUCAAUCAAAAUGGUGGUGGCCUUAUGUCUAAUCUGGUACCCACAUCCACGGCCAGUCUGACAGUGACUUUUAACAACCAGAUCAAUGCCCUACACACGCAGAUGGCAUCCCAGAACUUGGCCGCUUCUUCUCACCAGACGGCCCCCGAGCUCCAGUACCUGCCAUACCCUCUACAGUCCCGGCCAUAUAUCCCCUACCAGGCCUCACAGGUCAGCCAACCCCUCCCUGGGGCCAGCCAGCGAUCCAACACACAGUUCAACAGAGCUGACCCCUUCAUCCAUGUAUCAUCUAUUGUGGUACCAGGUACUCUUCAAGGUCUGAGCUCGCCCACCAGAUACAACCACGUUCCCAUGGUUACGCAAGCUGCUCCUACCCUACAGUUACAGCCACAGUUGAUAACACAGAAUGCUGCGGGAGGUGCAUGGCCACAUGCGGCAGCAGCAGCCGCAGCACAGCAGGUGCUUGUGGGGUCGUGGCAGCAGAUCCCUGGCCUGCCAACACAGCGAUCAGUCCAGCAACCCCUGCUUACAGAGACGCUGGCGUCACAGGCUCUACCAGAUAGCUGGCGCCAGUCCAUUGUGCUUGACAGCUUCGACCAGUCAUCAUUAGCACCUUUGGGGUCAACAUCACAGCAAUGGAACAUUGGAAUGGUUCCAACUACAUACAGUCUGAGUGGUCAGCAGUCCUCUUCUCAGUCUAGUAAACGUCACACAAAACAGGGAAGGACAUCUAUGAAAGAACCUACAUCCACUCACCUAUCACCAGUCAAAAAGCGAGUGAAAGAGAACACACCACCAGACUCGCUGCUCCAGCAAGACGCUGCACAGGCACUCUGUAACUGGUCCAUGUCACAGGGACGAGAACAGCGACAACCCAUUGUUAUAGCCGAUACUCCCAGUCCAGCUGUCAGCAUUAUCACCAUCAGUUCUGAUAGUGAUGAUGAUGCUGAUCAUAAACACCAUAGUCGCAGAGGUAAGAAUAACCAAGGAGUCCAUUUUGUACAGCCUACUACACGAAAUACACAAGCAUUUACCUCCUCUUUGACAAGCUCUACAACAGACUCCUCUUUCGACUCCCUGAGAGGAAGGAAGAACAAUAACAGUGUGAUAGUUGCUGAUGUACAGGAUAUUGAUUUGGAGGAGAGUAUGAGUUCCUACAACAAGAAGCAGAUCAUCCUCACACCUAUCAAACACGAGGAGGUGGAGAGGUCUACUCUAGCCACUGAUCCAUCGCAAUACCUGUACACCAACAGUCUGGACUUACCGAGCACCACGACCACCGCCCACGUACCACCUAUGAUGUCCAGCAGCUUUGACACAAAGCCAAGAAAAACAAGAGAACAGGCGAAGGUCUCGCCUUACGUGGCUAACAUUCCAAAGCAAGAACACUCUGUUCCUUCUUCAGUGGGGAGAAGUCACGACAAGAAUCGUGGCCUGCGUAGUCCUAAACUGGAAGUGAGGCUUCCUCCACUCGAAGUGGAGAUCAACAGUGCUGCUCUUCAAGGCAAACUUGCUUAUGUGUCACCAACAGUACGACCAGGACAUAGCUCACAGAAAUUAGGGGCCACCCAGAGCAUCAUGUCCCAGACUGGGACUUCUGUUCUAGGAGGCAAGCACUGGUCAGGCAAUAUAAACUUUGGUAGUCGGCAUACUUCUGGGACAAGCCAGCUUUCGCCUGUACAAGGGGGCGUCUCGCUCACACAGCCAGUGUUCCUGAGUGCUGGUACACAAAUGGAAUUUAACAGAGACUACCGUCGGCCUUCUGCCCUACAGGGAAGUCCAAUUCACCACUACCUACUGCCUGCUCACCAACAGCCACAAGUUGCGGCUAUCCCAGCUGGCAUAAGUCAAUAUGCGCCUUUCUCCCCCAGUGUGGCUCCACCUCCGGCCCACCAGAGCCCACGUCACGUCCAAUACACCACUCAGCCAUUACCAGCACAUGUACACCCAGUUUUGCAGUCGUCCACCCUGCCAGCUGGGCCCUACCAGCCUCAGCUGACCUCACAGUAUGGAGUGGGAACUGCCACUACUGGCUUGUAUGCGACUUACCCUCUCAGUCCCAACAAGGGCAGAUCAUAUCAGUAUUUCGCAUGAUUUCUAAUCUUUGUGUAUGGCAGCUGAUCAACUAUCUUAUUCCUUGUAUACAGUCCACCCUUGAUUUUCUAAAAUUGCAAUCAUGUAAUUAAUAUGCAUCGAAUCUUAGAAUCAGGUAGAUAGACGUCUGACAUUCUUACAAGUUUAUAUUAUAAAGGUUUCAUUACAGAAGAUAUAUUAUUAGAGAUAAAGUAAAAUUUGACUGUUUAGAUAGGAUUGAGAGUGAUCUGUAUACUGUUAUAUUCUAGUACUAUUCCGAAGGUGCUAUUAACACUGUACCAACACAGACUGAACUAAGCAAGUGUGUGCAAGCUACAUACAACUGUGGGUGGUGACACCAGGCUUGUGGGUCGGUGGAUUAUCAUCCUAUAUUGUGCCACCACUCCGACCAACAUAUUGUAGAUGGUGACACCACACUGUUCCAUCUUGUAUAGGUGAUGGCAUGUCCCACGCCACAUGCUCAUGUUAAGAUGGUGCAGCGAGGCAGUGCUUGGUUGUGAUCUUUCUAAUGAAGCAUUUCAAAAUCUUUGAAGCAGGGUUACAGAAUAUUGUAUAUUACCAAUUUCAAUCUUUUCACCUUUUUUUUUAAAUAUUAUUUUGAAAAAUUAAUGUCAUUGGAUUUAGAAAAUCAUAAGAAGGAUUUUUUAACACUAGAGGUUUACAACUGCUUAAGAGAUGUUGACGUGCUUCAUGGUAUUUUUCAACUUUAAUUAUAUAUCUGAAAAGUUGGAUCAUUAUCAUGCUUACAAAUUUAAUCUUGGAACUUCUUAACCAAGGCUAUCAAAAUUGUCAUGUUACAGAUGUAUGUUUAUUUAACAGUGUUUCAACUUCUAAGACAUGGUGGUUUAUGUACGGAAUUAUUUAUCCAUCAUUUAAGAGAGGUGACGGGUGAACUUAGGGAAGAUUUGUUAAAUCAAGCAUUUAUGUGGUUUAUAUGGCAUUAGGGUCAGUAAUUUAUCAUCAUUUUAACAUGUAUUCUUUGUAUAGUCAUUAUAGAAUUGGAGAAGUGACUUAAUUUAAAAUCAAUUUUAGAAUGACAUUUGAAAGGUGUACCAAAGAAAUAUUUUCGUAUGCUGUAGUGAGUCUCCUAGUCACAGCUUGAUAGGCACCCCUGAACACAUAAUCACUAUUAAAUAUGUAUUAAGUACACCCUUAUUUAUUAAGCAGGAGAAUUUUUUUAAUUAUCUUUUUAGCAGAUAAAUCAAUCUUAAUUUUAAAUAGGUUGGUUAUAUAGAUUUUAGUGUUGAGAAUUAAGUAUUUAGAAAGGGGAGCUCCAAUGCCUUUCAUUGUUAAGAUGACGUGUGAUACAGCACAUUUGUGACGAGACUACACCAAAGCUACAAGUCGAGUGCUUUGGCAAAUGGCCCACAAAGUACUUUUUCUUGUCUAAUAAUUUUCCUUGCAAAUUGGAUGAAAAAUUAUUAGACUUAAUGAAGUAUAUUGACAAUGAGGCGAUGAAAUUUCAUGGAUAAAAUCUGAAGAAAAAACCUACAGAACCUGAUUUCUGUGGAGUUGUACUCUAACCAAGUGAUGAAUUUUACAGCGCCACAAUUUGUUGGGAAUGUCCUAAAGUCACUUCUGGCAAUUUUUUCGAGUGAAUUGGUAAUUUUGAAUAAGGCAUCAAAGAUAUUUGGAUGGCUUUUUUUUCAAUUAAAUGUUUGAGAUAGAUUUGCCUGGAUUUCAUUACCAAGUUCUAUAGGUAAUCUCACCAUGGUACAUUUCUAUUUACCCAGAAAGUUAGAAGAACUUUCUCAGUGAACUGGUUCUAAGAUUAAUUUUGUAUUAAGUCACUCAGGUUUUUUUUUAUGCUAACUCAUUAUCAGCAGUAUUUAUACACAUUCAAUUUGAUUUUGUGCAGCUGUUCUUUAUCCGUGGUAAUAAUGUGUUGUUUUAAUAUGCUUCAAUUUGUACAGUGUAAAUUUUAUCUUGUAGUGCCUGUGAUGAAUUGGGAGAGAAGUAAACACCACAAAUACUUUAUCUAUGAAUUGUGUAUACUUUGGCUGAAGGUCAAAUCAUACAAUAUGCCAAUAUAAUUGUAGUACGUAUAUUAUCAUAUAUAUAUAUAUAUAUAUUAUAUCAAUCAAGUGCACUAUUUUUCUAUCAAGUAAUGAAUUGUAAAGACAAUAUGAAUAUUAUGUAAAUUAGCAUUUGUCAUAUUUAGUUGUAAUUGUACUUGGUGCACUUUGGUCUUUCCCCUGUAUUUAAUGUCUUGUAUCAUAGCAAUACCACUACUUAGUUGUCUAUGUAUCCAUGUAGACCCUUACCUAUCUUGCUUUCUGUCUAAGCCAUAUGUGGUGCCAUUAUUAUUGUGUCUAAUAUUAUAAAGGGCAGUUGGGACUUUACAAAAGUCUUUGUACAGAAAUCAGAAAUGAGGUAUAUUUUUUAACUUGGGAGAAGUUGGCAAGAAAGGAAAUGACGAAUGAAGUGCAUGAUACUGACAAGAGAAAUAAUUUUCUUUUUGUUUUUGGUUUUUUUUUUUCAUCUGUGAAACUUUGCAUAGAAAAAAUUUGAUGUACAGUGGGAAACUGUACGACUGUGAAGAUGCAGUGGGCUAUCUCGUGUUACCAUUUGUAUAAUUAAGUGAUAUGUAGAUAAUACAAUUUUUUCCCCCUUGACGAAUAAUGUAUUUUACAUACACAGAUGUAAAAAGUAGCGGCCUUCGGGAACAUGUUUUUGACCAGACACCCAUGUUUGUGUUUAUGCACAUAAACCAUUGUGAUACUCAAUGUUUGUACAAAGGCAAACAUUAUGCCAAAGUUUGUGUAGAAUUUGUCAUUGCAUGGUAUAAUAUGAUGAAAUGGUGAGUCUGUGUUUGUUUGUUGUAUUACUGUAUCUGUAGGCCAGAUCAUGUUUUAACACUUGCCAGUAUUUGGAAUGUGAAUAGUCUUUCAUAACCUAUUUCCUUGUUGUUCAGUCUUAUUUUAAUGGGGUUGUUUCCCCCUCAAAUCUUUUUCGCUCACCUGACCUGAAGGACAAAGUGAACUGGAGACAUGAUCCAGUGUCUGUUGUCCAUCAAGUGUCAAUUUUUCUGCUUGAAUUACUUAAUUGUACUUACCAAAAGGCAUAGAUUCAUGACAUUUGACUUGACCCACAGUCAAGGUCAUAAGGUUUAUUAAAGCCUCCAAAUGAUAAUUGAUGAAACAAAAUGGCCUACAGUCACAAUAUUUGGCUAGAAGGUUGCAAAAAUAAAGCUGGACAAAGUGUGUUGAAAGAAAUGUCCUUGACCCAAAACUACAGAGGUCAUAUUUGUUUAAACAUCCAAACAACUUCUGAUUAAAGACCUAGAAUCAUGAUACUACACAUAUUUGGCUGAUAAAUUUAUUGUUGUGAAUUGAUGCUUUUGGAAAAAAAAAUUGAAUAUUAGGUGAGCAAUACUGGCUUAUUGGGCAUCUUGUUAAUAUAGAUUUAAAAAAUUAUCUCCUUGUUUUUUUGGCACUAACCCAAUGAAAAGUAUUGUAAUAAGUUAAAAGUCUUUGGUAUUUAUCAGCAUAAAGACUCAUAAGAUUUGAAAUGUGAAUUAGCUAACAUUGCUAUAGUGAGUAGGAGGGAUUGUGAUUAUGAUGCUGCAGUCUGCUUCCCUCUCACAACAUCCUGGUUAGAACAUCCUGUCUUGCAGCAUCCUGAUUAAAACCAUCACUGCCGUAUAUCUAACCCCCCACCCCCCACCCUAAAUCCAAGAUUGCUGUAUUUCCUCAUGUUACAAUGUGUUCAGUCAUUAUACGUGUUAACAUAUCUGUUUAAUCAUUUUAUCAAGACAUUCUCAUUUAACAUCAGUAAAAAGACCGAUAGCGAUCAGCAAUAAUAUUCUGGCAUUUUUAGUUGUGUGCAUUCAAUUAAUCCAUACCUCUUAGCAUAGCCUUAAGUGUGGGCAUUUUUAUGGUGCAAUUGUAGGUCUCAUGAUAAUGCUGCCCUGGCCUUACUAGAUUCAUAUAAAACAUUGACUGCCCUGAUACUACUACAUAACAAUGAUUAGCCAGCCUCAUACUUGUUUAUUCUCAUCCCGGUAUGUAAACAGUAACCUGACCUGCUUACACACUCCUCGUCCUGUAAGUUUCUGCCAGUAUGUAGGUAUACAUUCUCAUCACAGCUUCUGAGGUUUGCUGUCGUCACUGGCAUAUAUAGAUUUAAUUGUUUCUUGACACCUCUAUGUGUGUCUUGCAACAUGUGUUUGGGUCUCUUAACAUUCAUGAUUGUGUCUCACAACAGUGUUUGGGUCUCGCCACACCUGUACAGAAGUAGAUUCUUCUAUAGGAUGAACCUGUGUUUGUGUCUCACCACACCUGUACAGAAGUAGAUUCUUCUAUAGGAUGAACCUGUGUUUGUGUCUCACCACAUCUGUACAGAAGUAGAUUCUUCUAUAGGAUGAACCUGUGUUUGUGUCUCACCACACCUGUACAGAAGUAGAUUCUUCUAUAGGAUGAACCUGUGUUUGUGUCUCACCACAUCUGUACAGAAGUAGAUUCUUCUAUAGCAGGUCCUGAUGCAUCAUAGUCACAAUUCUUUCAUAUUAGAAAGAAAAUAAGAAAAUAUUAAGAUGAAACUGAACAACUGAUUUUAUUCUACCUGUGUGUGUUCAUUAUAAACUAUUAUCAGUGAUGAAUAUUGUUUCAGCAUUACGUUGUAGUGUUGUUUGUAGAUGUUGGUGCACCACAUACAUUUAGUAGUUUGUGUUUUUCUUUUAAUAGUCAUACCCAGUGAAAUUUUCUAUUGUAAUAAUUUCUGGUAGAGGAAAGAUUUGUUCAAUAACAUAUGUUUGUGUUGUUAUUGAUUUAAUAAGCGUUUGCUGUAGUUUCAUUUAUUAGAAAAAAACUUAAUCUUGAAGAAUGAAGUGUAUAUUUGAUGAUUGGGUAUAGAUGUAGAGAAGGGACAGAAACAAAUGUCUACUAGUACAGCAUUAGGAUGUAGUGAUAACUUAGGUUUGGGGAAUUGUUAGCUUUGUUAUAAACCAUUUUUUAUCACAGUUGUUGGAACAAAUUAAAAUCAUUGACACUUAUAAAUCAACUAGCAAGGUUUCUUUUUAUUUUUUUUAGAAAUAUGGACAUGAGUAGUCAAGUUUGUAGCUAGAUUUUGUUGCUUUUUUUGUCAAAACUUGUUGUUUGUAGAAUAGUAUCCCUAAUUAUGCAUAGUUUGAAAAUGAGUCUCAGCGCCAUUCCAUUUAAUGAGUUUGUUUUAGAAAUUGUAAUGUUGUUUGCCUCGUCUGAUUAGAAUUCUUUGAUCAUGUGUUAUUGCUGCAUUCAUUGGUGUAUGAAUUGACAUGUAUUCGGAUAUCAUACCAUUUUCUUCUUACACUUCAACUUUCAUAUUUAUGCAAAAAGAAUACUUAGUUGUACUUGAAAUUAAAUGAGUAUUCCUUUUCCCUUGUAUCAGCUUUUCAUAUGAAAUAGCUCUGUAAUUAUAUUUAUACUAUAGUAUUUAAGAUAGUUGAGUGCUUCAUACCACCAGUCAACAAAUGGGUAGCAAAACAUACAGCUUCAGGAAACAUCGUUAGAAGUCAAUGUUUAUCUCAAAUUGUUUUGUCCCGAUUUCAAAUUCCUGUACAAGUAAAGAAAACUGUAUUCAUUUUGAGAAAUGGCUGUUUAAUCAUGAAACGGUGGAUAUGUAUGCCUCGUUUAGAUAUAUGGGCAGAGGAUAAGACAAAUACUAUCAAUAUACUUUGAUGGUUAAGGGGUAGAGCAGAUUUCUUCACCUGUUUAUUGGACUGGACAGUUGAACCAACAAUUGUCAAUGCUUUAUCACUACUCAGGGUAGGAUUAAACGAGUGAAUCUGAGAGCCCUGUGUAUAACAUAUUUUUGCCCUCUAUAGAUGGGAAGUUUGCCAUAUCAAUAUUGAAGAUAUCCAAAGUUUGAUGAUAAUAUUAGCUUGCCUUGUUUAUUAUUAACAAUAUUUACAUCAUCAUUUGUCAGACAUUACAUUUUCUAUACCAUCGCAUCAUUAACACGUGUCUUGUAUAGAGCUCCAAUUGAUCCAGUCUGUCAUCAAAAUACCUCUCUACACAGCUGUCUCACUACCUACUGAUUACCAUGCUCGUUCUACUAAUUCAAUGUUUUUAUAGGAAAUUCUGUGAUCUGUGAUGGUUACAAAAUUUGGUCAUCUACUGCAUCCAUACUGGUCCGACUUCAUUUUGAUGAAUUAUAUUGUGUAAUUAUUAAAUAAGAGUUUUCAAUAAUGUCACAUUGUUAUAAUCCUGUAACUUUGCUGUAAAUUUCUGUUAAGUAAAUAUCUUUAUAGAGAAUUUUAAUAUUGCAUGGAUGUGCACCUACGUAAGGGAGAUUUCUAAUACAACAUGGUUGUUGAGUACUGACAGGGGAGGGGGCUGGUACACAGGUUUCUUUGUCUAUAGACUUGUUUAUAUGCGGGUAUACUAAUCACAUUGAUGGCAUUCUUUGAUAAUACUGUAACUUUUGUUAAAAUUUGUCAUUGUGGUAUGGACGCAUGUUAGUUAUCAAGUUCAUUUAGUGUUUUUUUGAAACAAGAUAACAUUCAUUGUCAAAUUGAAAAGAAAAAAAACAACCAAAAAAAAAAAAAAAAACUAGGUUACUAGCUUUUCUUGAUAAUUGUCACAUCCAGAUAUGUUCAGUUGUACACUAUUCUCAUCGAGAUUUUUAUCCUCGUUAUCAUAGUUAUAUAUAUAUAUAUAUAUAUAUUUUGCCAUAUCAUAUCAGGUUUUUUAUUAUAACAUUUUAACACCACAAUAAGGUUAUCUUUUAUGAGGUGUGUGUGUGUGUGUUUUACUUUCCAUACAUGGAGAAUUGUAGUGUAACUGUUACCCCGAGUUUGAUCUCAAUUAUAAUCGGUUUUAUGUUAAUCAAUUGUAAGGGUUUGUUUGUAUAAUUUCUUAGACAUUUCCUUUUUUAAGUAAUUUUUUUUCUCACUUUUUCUUGACACACUCUUGCAUUGAUAUAGAUAGAAGGUAGAAGAGAAGUUAGACAAGGCAGGUUUUGUCAAAGAAACUUGUGUUUAGAAUGAUUAAAAAGUAAAGAGACCACCAUCAGAUUAUCAACACAAGUAUGGAAGUUUGUAUCCUCACAAAGCUUUCUUAACAUGGAAGAAAAGGAAAGAUGAAUUACUUGUGAUUGAAGAGAGUUUGACAUGCCUGUGUGGUGAAUCGGAUGUAGAUUUGUAAGAGUGUUGCCAACAUUUUAGAGUUUGUGUUUAUUAUGACUGGCUUUAUCUACUGUUCCUUCUUCACCCUAUGAUUUACUACUCAUUUCGUCUAGUCAGUGUUAGACCUUGGUUACACCUAGUUAAUAUCCUGUGUGCUAUAUCUCGCCGUAGUCACCCUAGUACAUAACCUUUAUUUUAUAUUUAUUAUCAUUUAUGUAGUAGAUGAAUUUUAGCAUUUAAGAAUACAGGAGGAGUGACUAGAAACUGCGUCAAAGCUUGCUGAUGGAGAUAGGGUUUGGCUUAGACACACCUUUUUAGCCUCGUUUUGAUAUUAUGGUUGUCUGCAAUUUUACUUACCUUUAUGUAGUUCAUUAUUUUGUUGUCUUUUGAAAUACAUAAAUUUGAUUUAAAUUCAGUAGCAAAUUGCUUGUCAUACAAUUUAAUAUUCAGAAUACUUUUUUUUUCUUUUUUAACUUGUCUGGUCUGUAGCACCAUGUGAACUUUCACAUUGGUAGAGUGCCCACAGUCUGUCAAAUCUGGUACAGUGACCGGUCAGUCCAACCAUGAUCAUUGACUGUAAAUUUGAGCUAUGAUGCAGUAGUUGCCUCUGACUCUGUAAAUUUUAGCUAUGGUGCAGUGCCCAUUGACUGUAACUUUGAGCUAUGGUGCAUUGCCCAUUGACUGUAACUUAGAGCUAUGGUGCAGUGCCCUCUGACUCUGUAUAUUGAGUUAUGAUGCAGUGCCCUCUGACACUGAAUAUGAGCUAUGAUGCAGUGGCCUCUGACACUAAAUUUGAGCUGUGGUGCAGUGCCCUCUGGCUCUGUAACUUUGAGCUAUGGUGCAGUGCCCUCUGACUGUAACUUUGAGCUAUGGAGCAGUGCCCUCUGACUGUAACUUUGAGCUAUGGAGCAGUGCCCUCUGGCUCUGUAACUUUGAGCUAUGGUGCAGUGCCCUCUGACUCUGUAUAUUGAGUUAUGAUGCAGUGCCCUCUGACACUAAAUAUGAGCUGUGGUGCAGUGCCCUCUGACACUAAAUAUGAGCUGUGAUGCCGUGGCCUCUGACACUAAAUUUGAGCUGUGGUGCAGUGCCCUCUGGCUCUGUAACUUUGAGCUAUGGUGCAGUGCCCUCUGACUCUGUAUAUUGAGUUAUGAUGCAGUGCCCUCUGACACUAAAUAUGAGCUGUGAUGCAGUGGCCUCUGACACUUAAUUUGAGCUAUGGUGCAGUGCCCUCUGGCACUGUAUAUUGAGUUAUGAUGCAGUGCCCUCUGACUCUGUAUAUUGAGUUAUGAUGCAGUGCCCUCUGACACUAAAUAUGAGCUAUGAGGCAGUGGCCUCUGACACUAAAUAUGAGCUAUGAGGCAGUGGCCUCUGACACUAAAUUUGAGCUGUGGUGCAGUGCCCUCUGACACUAAAUAUGAGCUAUGAUGCAGUGGCCUCUGACACUAAAUUUGAGCUGUGGUGCAGUGCCCUCUGACACUAAAUUUGAGCUGUGGUGCAGUGGCCUCUGACAUUAAAUUUGAGCUGUGGUGCAGUGCCCUCUGACACUAAAUAUGAGCUAUGAUGCAGUGGCCUCUGACACUAUAUUUGAGCUGUGGUGCAGUGCCCCCUGGCUCUUUAACUUUGAGCUAUGGUGCAGUACCCUCUGACUGUAACUUUGAGCUAUGGAGCAGUGCCCUCUGGCUCUGUAACUUUGAGCUAUGAUGCAGUGCCCUCUGAUACUAAAUUUGAGCUAUGGUGCAGUACCCUCUGACUGUAACUUUGAGCUAUGGAGCAGUGCCCUCUGGCUCUGUAACUUUGAGCUAUGGUGCAGUGCCCUCUGAUACUAAAUUUGAGCUAUGGUGCAGUGCCCUCUGAUACUAAAUUUGAGCUAUGGUGCAGUGCCCUGUGAUACUAAAUUUGAGCUAUGGUGCAGUGCCCUCUGAUACUAAAUUUGAGCUGUGGUGCAGUGCCCACUUUCUGGUCAUUAUCUUUUGCUAUAGUAUGUUGCUGAUAGCUUGACCCUAAUCAUCAGCUUUUCAUUUGACAGAAUUUGAUAUUGAUCAUUUUCAUCUGUCGGGGAAGAAAUUUGACUACCAUAAGCAUAAUCUUUACUUUGAACAUACUCAGGUUUUAGGAAUGAUCUUGGAUAGAAAAUGGCUGCUUUAUCUUCUGAGGGGCACAGAAGUUAGGGAUUAAUUCCCAAUUUCAGGGGAUCAGUUUUGGUCAAACAAUUAGACGGUGACAUUGGCAUUUUAAAUGAUAUUUAAUCCUUUGUAUCUAAAAUAGCUUUGGUUGCCUGGCUAAGUAGAUAUAAAAAGCAACAGGUGACCAAGUGCAGAUCUGAUGGGCCUCUUUAGAUAGACUCUGUACAGAGCUUUUACAGAGCUGAUGGGCCUCUUGUUUAUACAGACUGUACAUGUCUGAUGGGCCUCUUGUUUUGACAGACUGAGUACAGGUCUGAUGGGCCUUUUGUUUAUAGACUGUAAAGAGCUGAUGGGCCUCUUGUUUAUACAGACUGUACGGGUCUGAUGGGCCUCUUGUUUAUACAGACUACAGGUCGGAUGGGCCUCUUGUUUUGACAGACUGUUUACAGAGCUGAUGGGCCUCUUGUUUAUACAGACUGUACGGGUCAGAUGGGCCUCUUGUUUUGACAGAGUGAGUACAGCUCUGAUGGGCCUCUUGUUUAUACAGACUGUACAGGUCUGAUGGGUCUCUUGUUUUGACAGACUGUUUACAGAGCUUAGGGGCCUCUUGUUUAUACAGACAGUACAGGUCUGAUGGGCCUCUUGUUUAUACAGACUACAGGUCGGAUGGGCAUCUUGUUUUGACAGACUGUUUACAGAGCUUAGGGGCCUCUUGUUUAUACAGACAGUACAGGUCUGAUGGGCCUCUUGUUUAUACAGACUACAGGUCGGAUGGGCAUCUUGUUUUGACAGACUGUUUACAGAGCUUAUGGGCCUCUUGUUUAUACGGACUGUACAGAUCAGAUGGGCCUCUUGUUUUGACAGACUGAGUACAAGUCUGAUGGGCCUUUUGUUUAAAUACUUUUGUACAGGUCUGAUAGGCCUUUUGUUUAGACAGACAUCACUAUUACAUUAUUGAAGUGAACACACCUCUCAUUUUUGUGAUUAUCCUUCAUUUUAACAACUGCAAUUUUAAAUUUCAUACUUGUUGACUUUGAUGUCUGCAUUGUUGGAAGUGUGAAUUGGAGUUAAGCUUGUUGUAAUUCAGCACUUAAGAUUUGGUUAAAAUUCUUUCUCUGUAAAAGAGUAUGAAAUUUCACAUCAAGGUGGUCGUUUGAGUAAAUUAUGUCUGGUGAUAUAGUUUAGAGAAAUCAACAGUCUACACAGAAGGAAUAUAGACAUAAGGUACUGGCCACCCCUUCAUCCUCACAUUAUUAUGGUUCUGCCAAAUAGGGGCCAGGAAGGAAGGACUUAAUGAGGUUACCUUCAUCUCUUCAAUACACACUUCCACCAACCAAGUACUAUCAUUACGCCCAUAUUAUUGCACAUCCAUUGCCUGUUUUGACUUUUAUGAUUUGUCGUUUUUUGUGUUUAACCAUAAUCAUUGUUGUAUUAUAACACUGGUGUGCAAUAUUUCCAGUACUGACAGAUAGGUGUCACGAUAGAGUCACUAGGGGGCGCUGUAUGUUGCUAACUUGUGAUGGUAGUUUCCAGCAGGAGUAAAACAUGAGAUGGUUGAUCUAUCAGAUAACAUUCACAGUGGGAUCAAUAGCACUAUUAAAAUUGAAUUCACCAUUUAACAAAUGUGUUAUUUUGUUUAUUGUACAUACAGAGAGCACAUUAUUCUCAGUAAGACUCUUAGUAUGUAUAAUGUGUUCAUGUGUCCAUUAAAAGUUUCGAAUAAA